AUGGUUUCCUAGAGGCAUUAUCGUCUCCCUUUUUAUAAUUAAUUGAUUAUUGUGUUUUUUUCUCUCAAACUUAGCUCGUGUACUUUUUUUUGUAAUUUGUCAUAAAUGUGAAUAUAAUUUUAUAAAAAGAUAUUAAUAAUGGAGGACAAAUUUGGGAAAAAAUUAGCAUUCGAUCCAGAAUGGAGAGGCCCUUUACGAAAACGAUCUUGUACCGAUCUUCCGUGUCUUUUUAUUUUCCUUAUCUUUCUUUUCUGCUGGGGUGGCAUUGGAUAUUAUGCCUUAAGCUACGGGGACAUUGAGAGAUUAAUGGUGCCAACUGAUAGUGAAGGAAGAAAAUGUGGAAUUGACAGUGAAGUUGAAAGUAUGCCGUAUUUAGUAUUUUUUGAUUUAACGAAAUGCAUUUCCGUUUCAACUUCAUGCAAUACGCCACAAGUUUGUCGAGAGAAAUGUCCUAGUGAAAAUUUUAUUUAUUCAUCGAUGAGUCUACCAAUUGAGGAAAUGAAAUCAAAACUUAUUUGCACUAUGGAUGUUAAUUUAACUGUCAUUGAAAAUUGGAAUGAAAUGGAUAGUCUUGUUUCCAAUGGAAAGUGUGCGCGAUGGUAUUUGGAUAGUAAUUCAAUAACCGGACGAUGUCUUCCAUUAAAACCAUUCGAAGGUUUCGUCAAUACUACAAUUAACGAGAAUAAUUUAAAUUUAGCGAAAAAAGCGAUUGCCGUGUUGGCCGAAAUUGAACGUGUUUUGAGAAAUAUUUACGAUGAUCUUGAGAAAACCAAAUAUGUUAUUCCAUUAUUCAUCCUUGGAAGUGCAAUAGUGACGAUAAUUUACAUUUUCCUUCUGAGAUGGUUUACAACACCUUUCGUUUGGGUCACGAUUUUUGGAAUUUGUGCAGCACUCGCUGCAGGGACUUAUAUUUCUUGUCAAUUAUAUUAUUCAACAGCAGUUGAUGGUGGGAAAAAUUGGUGGCUUGCCCUGACAAUUAUUUGUGGAAUUUCCCUGGGAAUUGUUGUUUUAAUAACAAUUUGUCUUAGAAAAAGAAUUUAUUUGGCCUGUCAACUUAUUGAAGAAUCGAGCAAGGCUGUUGUUUCUGUUCUCUCAAGUCUUGUAUUUCCAAUUUUCCCCUGGAUUUUGAAAAUUCUGGUUCUACUAUUUGCAAUUGCUGUUGCAUUUCAUUUGAUUUCAUUCAAUGAACCGUCAUUUAAAUUAAAAAUGAAUGAUGAUAAUUGUAUUUGCCCGAGUGAAUUGAAUUAUAAAAAUAAUUCCUUCUGCGAUCCGAAAAUAUUCAAUGACAAAUGUCAGGAAAAUAACAAAACUUGCAUUUCUGCACAAUGUCAAUUUGAUGGGAAUCAUAUACCGACAUUGGCAAUUUAUCUAUUGAUUUAUAAUGCUAUUGGAUUUAUUUGGCUGACAUUUUUUAUCACCGAUUUGGGAAAAAUGGUUUUAUCGGCUACAUUUGCAACCUGGUAUUGGACUUUUAGGAAAGAGGAUGUUCCAUUUUUUACCGUCACCGUCAGUAUUUGGCGAACUUUCAGAUAUCAUCUCGGAACAUUGGCUUUCGGCUCGUUGAUAAUAACUAUCUGCAAUGUAAUUCGUGCGAUUUUGGAAGUUAUUAACAAAAAAUUAAGGUCGUACAAUAAUGAGGUUGCCGAUUUUGCUAUAAGUUGCUGCAGAUGGAGUUUUUGGCUCUUGGACAAGUUUUUCAAAUUUAUCAAUUCUAAUGCUUACAUUAUGUGCGCUGUUCACGGUAAAGGAUUUUAUUCCUCGGCAAAGGAAUCUUUUCAUCUUCUAAUGAGAAACAUUAUUCGAGUAUUUUUACUCAGUAAGAUUACAGAUUGGAUUUUAACUGUGGGUAAAAUAUUUAUAAUUGCUCUCAGCAUUUUUGCUACAUGGUGGUAUUAUACGCAUAGGGAGAAUUCUCUUAAUUAUUGGAUCGUUCCAGUUAUUAUAGUUGGUAUUGGGGCUUAUAUGCUCACGACAUCAUUUUUCCACGUUCAAACGGCAGCAAUUGAUACUCUUUUUCUUUGCUUUCUCGAAGACACCGAGCGCAAUGAUGGUUCUUAUGAAAAGCCUUAUUUCAUGAGUCGAUCUCUUAAAAAAGUAUUACAUCGACAUUAAUUAUUUCCAGAUAAAUUUUCAUACUAAAUUUUAAUUUUCUUUCUUUUCUUUCCAAAGAGGAAUUAUAAUUUUUCAAUCUAGAUUUUUUUGCUUUCCAUAGAAAAACGAUAUUAUAAAUUAUUUAUU